CAUGGAUCCACUCCACGGAUGUGUUAACAGGCUGAACACGGAUUGGUUGUGAAUAAUAAAGUCUGGACGCUGAGGGUUUAAACGGUGGAUCUGUGAUGCCGUCUGACUCGGAGCUCGAUUUCUUCUACACGACGAGCCACGAACGCCAAGUACUGAACUAAACAGCUGAGAGAACCAGUCUGAGCAGAGCAGCAUGUGGGCGUGAGCGUCGAGGACCAGGGGACGAAUCCAUGCAGCACGAGAGGAAGAGGAACUCGGGAGGAUGUCGACGACAGAGACAGAAACACAAUCGAGUGUCAAAGCCAGUGUAAAAAAGGGCUCCAGAAAAAAAGGUCAGGAGAGAAACGAACAGGCCCUGAUCAAGUGCUUCAGGGGUGACGGCGUCCGCUACAAGGCUAAACUGAUCGGGAUGGAUAAUGUGAGCGCCGCACGGGGAGACAAACUCUGCCAAGAUGCCAUGAUGAAGCUGAAGGGCAUGGCUGCCUCGGCUCGAUCUAAAGGACGACACAAGCAGCGGGUUCUUCUAACCUUCUCCUUUAACGGCAUCAAGAUCUACGACGAGAGAUCCGGGGUUCUGCAGCACCACCAUUCAGUGCAUGAAAUCUCCUACAUCGCCAAAGACACCAGGGACCACCGUGCCUUCGGCUACGUCUGCGGGAAAGAGGGCAACCACAAGUUUGUGGCCAUCAAGACGGUGCAUUCGGCAGAACCUCUGAUCCUGGAGCUGCAAGACCUUUUCACGCUGAUCUAUGAUCUGAAGCAGAGGGAGGACGUGGAGAAGAAAACGCUGAAAACUAAACACUGUGAGCAGGCCGUCUAUCAGACGAUUCUGGAGGACGACAGCGAUGACCCGGUCUAUCAGUACAUUGUGUUCGAAGCCGGACACGAGCCACUCCGGGGUCCCCAGACAGACGACAGCGUUUACCAGGUUCCGACCAGCCAGCAGAAGGAGGGGUUCUACGAUGUCCCAAAAUGCCAAUUCAUGACUAGCAUCGGUCAGUUUGAGAUGUUCGGUGACAUGGCCACUCCUCCAGACAUCCUAUCGAUGCCUGCGUCUCCCGCUAACAGCCUGGACCCUGGGCGACGGCGGCAUCAGCGUCACCACGAGCUCUUCACACACUUCAGUCCUCCUGCCGUGCCUUCAGGCUACAUGACCAUGGGUGCGGUGCGGGCGUCUCACUGGGCUCAGCAGUCCUUCGCUCCUCAGACAGCUCCUCUGGCAUUCGGUGUGCAGGCCCCUCUGCCGGUGGCUCAGGCUCUCCCGGGCGGACAGCCACUCAUCUGGGGUCAGGCGAACCUCUUCCACUCUCCCGCCACGGGUCAGCAGCAGUGGGCCUUCGUCCCGGCCGGAACCCUGCUCCAGGGCCUCGUUCCCAUCGCAGCCAUGAGGCCUCGCUUGUCCACGCCGUCUGCCCCGUCCUCGACCAUCACCAGUCCUCAGCAUGUCGUCGGUCCGAACAAUGCAGAGGUGGAAGUGCCGGACUUACACAUGCAGCCUGCACACACCAGUGACCCACACACUGUCACAGAAACCACAAAGCCUUCUGGGAAUCAAGAAGUGGAGGUCAGCUGCGGUGAGCUUGAUAUAUCACAGCUGAGCUUAACCCCGGGGGCUUCGACAUCGCCGUCCACCACAGAGUCUCCUGCUACCCCUGCUGCCCAGCUAGAGGUACCAGUCUUGACUUCAGACGCCCCUGAAGACGCCUCAGUCGUGGGAACAGAGACCAACAGCUGCCAUAUUGAAGCACCUUUUCCUACAGAAGGAGCAGAAGGAGGUGCUGGAGACACUGUGAAGGAUGAACUGUGCUCCAGCUCCCAAACUCCCGGCAACUGUGAGACAGCGACACACAAUCAAGAUCCGAACCAGCCAGAUGCUUAAGAAGGUCCAGCUCAGAUCCAUCUACUGACUGGCUAAAAGCUGCCAGUUCUGGGUUAACCAGUGCCGGAGGAACCCAGGAUCCAGGAACGGGGUCAGAGACCGCCUGAAGGACUUGUUUACUGAAUCUGGGGAGGAUCUACCACUGAACAUGAACUGAACAGUGUGAAAUAUUGAAUAAACUGAAGAACCACAGAAGCCACGCAGAAAUCCAAACUAUUUUUGAAUAAAGAAUAUUUUUGAUUGAUGUUUGGAAGGGUUUGUGGUUUGCUUAGACUAAACAAGGUUCAUCUACAAGCCUUGGCUGGACUGGAAUCAAGGCUGGGACUCCGUGGACUGACGUAUUCUCUGUAUAGUUCACAUGGAUUUGAAACUAAAUUGAUGGAAAAUCAGACUGACCCUUGGAUUGCUAUCAUUUCCCGACUCGGUUGACCAUUUUUACUGUAAACCUGCUAAACUGUAAAUACUGAUUGACUAAAAGUUUGGUCUGAAAUUUGAACUAUUGCUUUUUGUUUACUGUAAGAAGGCGAAGGUUCCUGCAGUCAUGUGUCGACUGUGAUUGUAACCGAAUCUAGAAAAUCCAAGAAGAAACUAAAACUCUUCAGAUUUUCUACAUUAAUUAUUUACUAUAUAAAAA